AUGGAUGAAAGUGAAGCGAUCCGAAUAAUGAAAGAAAAAUGUCUUGCAGCUUUUCUUCAUAAUAUCAGAUCGAAGAACAGAAAACAACAACAUUGUUAUUGCCUCAAAACAUCAGAUACAUGGUGUUCAUAUCAACGAGAUCGACUGACAAAUAGCAAUGAAGAUAAAAAUAAAGAGAAAUUACGUUUAGAUCCAGAAUUCUGUAAAAUUUUACAUUCAUUGAUUACAAAACUGACAAAUGAAAGUCUUUUAAGACGAUGUUUGCGAGGAGUAACACAAAAUGCAAAUGAAUCUCUAAAUGGUAUUGUCACUUUUGUCGACAUCAAAACACAUGAUUUUCGAUCGAUACGUGGUGCUGCUGCUCUUGCUUCACUAUACUUUAACAGCGGUCGAACAUUAUUAGCUGAGUUUUUUGAAGAAACGGGUAUUAAUAUAAAUUCAUUAUUAUUAUCUAAUUUACUGUCAAAAGAUGAAAAAUGA